CUCUAGUACUGAAGUUACGAAAGUUAGUCCAUGUGUGUUUGUUGUUAUUUUGCCGACCCGUCUGGCGGUCUGACAGUUGUGUUGGAAUUUCUCAGUGCAGGGGUGAAUUACAUUAAAUUAACACAACGCCCACUUUGAUAAUAAUCACCUACAUUACUCUACAUUCAAGAGAAAUAAUAUGAAGGUUUCUGAAGUUUUACACUGCAGCUUUCCUGUCUGGUAUCCAAAGUUUAAACAAGUUUCAAUUAAAAGUAUUUUAAUACCUCUGCCAGCAGAAUUUUUAGAGUACCUACACACUGAUGGAGUCGUGUUGCCAGAAGGGAGUCUAGUGACAUCAGGGGACAGAGAGAAUGAUGAAGACCGAGUUGGAGAAGAGUUAGAUAUUAACUGGGACACAGACACAUUGGAAGCAACGGCACCAAGUUUCCCAGAUUUUGAUUCAGCCAUCAAAAAGGCCAUUAAUAUGCUGGGCGGGAGGGUGUUUCCUAAACUCAACUGGAGCUCUCCAAAGGAUGCCACAUGGAUCGCUUUUGACAAAAGUUUAAAAUGUACCUGUCCUAGUGAUGUUUACCUGCUACUGAAAAGUUCAGAGUUCAUAACCCAUGACCUUACACAACCAUUUAUUCACUGCGAGGACUAUGAGGAGAACGAAGAGCAGCCAAAUAUUGGAUACAGCCUGAUACUACGGAAGUGGCAGGACUUAAACCCGGGCUACGAGUUCCGAUGUUUCGUCAGGAAUAAUAAACUUAUAGCUAUUUGUCAGAGGAACCACACAGCAUUUUAUGACUUCAUCAGACAUGAAAAGGCAGACAUUGUCUCUGAUAUCCAGGCUUUCUUCUAUCACAUGGUUAACCUCAAGUUUCCAAAUGAAAACUAUGUUUUUGAUGUCUACAGAAGGGAUCAGGGGAAACUACUCCUGCUGGACUUUAAUCCUUUUGGUCAGGUGACUGAUGGUUUGAUGUACACUUGGGAUGAACUGACAGACAGUGAUGUAGAUCUCAAGGGAACAGACAGCGAAACAAAGCAUCCAGUGUUCAGAUACAAGGAGAGUGAGGGAAUUCAGCCUAACCCCCUGUCUACAUUUGGUGUCCCCCGGGACAUUCUGGACCUAGCCACAGGCACCGAUGCCAGUAAACUGGUCGAUCUACUAAAACUUAGGCAACAGCAGCAAGAGGAGGACAGUAGCUCAGACGAGGACAAUGAUCAGACAUGACAAAAAACUAUAACUAGUCCAAGGCAGUUGAUCUUUUACAGGAUUGGCCAUGAUACUUGUCCUUGUCAUUUAAAGCAGAAGAGAGAGAGAGAGAGAGAGAGAGAGAGAGAGAGAGAGAGAUUGUUUUAGGUCACUCAUAAUGUUGUUCAGAUCAGCAGCAAAAUUUGUGUUAUCACAUAAAUUCAUACAUCAGCAAUAAUACAUUAUGGUAACUGUAUUUGAUUUUUUAUUAAAUUUUUAUGAUAUU